AUGAAGAUCCGGUGCGACGUGUGCGAGAAAGCCGAAGCCAGCAUCUUCUGCAGCGCCGACGAGGCUACCUUGUGCCUUACCUGCGACCGCCGAGUUCACCACGCCAACAAGCUUGCCGGCAAACACCUCCGCUUCUCCCUCCACCACCCUACUAGUACUACUCAUUCCUCCAAAGACUCUCCACUCUGCGAUAUCUGCCAGGAGAGAAGGGCCUUCCUGUUCUGCCGGGAAGACAGGGCGAUACGCCGAUACUCUGUCGGGAGUGCGACGUCCCCAUCCACGCAGCCAAUAACGAGCUGA